AUGAGCACACCAUUCCUGGACUUUGACUCGCCAUCGAUUGACCUGAGCUCUGAUGCAGCACAGUUGUUCGACAAAAACCAACAUCACUCCAACACCAUGGAUGCCACAUACGUAUCGGCAUGGGCACCACAACAGCUCGAACAUGAGCUGGCUUACCACCACUACCAACAAGAUCCAUAUCGCGUCCACAUCCGCCGGCUCUCGGCGCAAUAUGACCCCAUGAUGUUCCCAGUCGGCAUCCCAGACGUGAUGCAAAAGCCUUCCAUGUCGCUACCGAUGCUGCAAGUACCACUCCAGCAUCAGCAGUCGGACUAUCCCAUCGGCUGGCAGCCUCUCUACCACACGCCGGAAGAACAUCGCCACUGGUCACCACUGUCGCGGGUCUCAUCUUCAUCCGGCUUUGACAACACAUGCAGCCCACCCAGCCACCAUGGCAGCAUGAGUCCCGCAAUGGCGACAGAGGUGCUGGCUAGCAUGCUUCGCGAACAAGAUAUGUAUUCGUCGCCUGUGUCAGUGCAUGGGGCCUACCCGGGCAUGUCUGCGACUGCCAUGUCAAGCACCGGUACUUACGCGGUGCAGGCGCCUCAUGUGAUUCCAAGUCAGCACUUCAGCAUGAGAGAUUUCGACUGCUAUUCCAGUGAUGGCGAGGAGCCACCGCUGAUUGAUGCUGAAGAGCUGUACGCAAACCAAGCUUACCAGGUUCCGGCGCCCGUCGAACCUGAGCCUGCUUCGAGUCAUCGGACAGCAGCCUUGAAGGUAGCGGACGAGCCCAGCGUGCCGUCCUUGCAGGAGGCUGCUUCCCAGACAGUUCUCAGCGUCUCUGUUGCCGAAGAACCCAUCCCACCAGCCUCAACGUCCAACAAGAGCAAGGCGCGACCUACCUCAUCCAGCAAGACCAACCCACGCAAGCACGCUCGCAGCCCAUCAACAGCUUCUGCGUCAUCCGAGCCUCUACAAACGGCCCCUUCUGCAAAGAAGCGACGCAUCGCUUCUAUAAGCUCGCUUAAGAGAACCAUAUCAGCCCCCACGGCCCCCACCACCAAGUCAAAGCCUCUACUACCCUGCCCCUUCCACGCCUUCGCUUGCCCGGCCGUCUUCCCGUCGAAGAACGAAUGGAAGCGCCAUACCUUGUCGCAGCACCUUCGCUUGGGCUUCUAUCGGUGUUCCUUGGGGUCCUGCGCGAUUGAUCAUCCGAGUGGGGUGACGCAGGCGAGGGGCUAUAACGACUUCAACAGAAAGGAUCUGUUUGUGCAGCAUUUGAGGCGGAUGCAUGCUGACGAAUGUCCGGGCAUUGUAGCUAAAGACGAGGAGCACCAAGCCAUGGGAGUGAGUGGCAGGAGAAAGACGUCGAAGGCAAAAAGUAAGAAAGGGAAAGCAGGGCGUAAGACUGAAGAUGCCGGAGAGUUGGACGAGGCGUGGUUGGAGCAGGUAAGGCGGGAGGCUUGGAUCUCUGUUCGGCUUGCGCCUGGUGGGGAUGCGCUUGUCGGAUGUGGGUUCUGCAAGGAGAAGUUCGGCUGCAGGCUUGCUGAUGCCGGAGAGUCUGACAGUGAUGACGACGGCAGCGAUGCAGAGUCCUCGGCAGAUCAUCGUCAUCCUCGAAAGCGCCGCCGACAACAGAAGAUCUCUCACGCCAUCACGGGCGAAGAAGGCAAAGGCGCAGACGUCGCCAUGUGGGAGAAGCGCAUGGAGCAUGUCGCUGCCCACUACGCCUCAGGCGCGAAGGUGGAGGAUGAGGUCCUCGAUGAGGGCUUCAAGAAUUGGGCCAUCAACCAGCGCUUGGUCGUCUGGUCUGGUAGCUUUGAUGGCAGUGGAAGUUGGGUUCUACGAGAGAUUGCUGAAGGCGUCGAUACGGCUGGUCAUCAAGGGGUGGUUGGUCGUGAUUAUUCACACCCGUACGGUGAGCACGAGCCGGCGAAGACGGGUGGGAGGAGGAAGGGAAAGAACUCGUUGGCCAAACAUCGUGCCCAGCGAGGCCGCAACGACACGUGGGCUAUGGGGCCGGUGGUAGGAGCGAAUGGAUCUGGUGUGGUCUCUGAUCCGGGCACCUUUGGUGCCGUGGCGAGGAAGAGUGAGAGGCUGUUGGUGAGUGGGACGAAGCGGAAGUACGUUGAGUCUGAUGAAGAGGAUGAGGAUGAGGUGUCGUCUGUGGAUGAUCAGGGCUCUUGGGGACGCAACAAGAGAGUGAAGAUCAAGGAGGAGGUCGUCGUGCAGGAGGACUUGGAUGAGGAGGAGGAUGUGGAAGCCUCGGAGAGCGAUGCUGAUGGAGAGGACGACUACUGA